UGCAGUCGCAUUCUGCAGCCGACACGAGAUGGCGAAAAUACUUUUGAGAAGGAGAGUACUUUCUUUUCUUCUAUGUCAUUUUGUUUCUACGAGUUUUUAAAUAGCAAUAUAUUGCACAGAAAUACUCAGCGAAUAAUUGUUUACUAUGCACCGUGA